CGAAAGGCCAAGCUCAGGGUAGAGGGCGCCGUCCUAAUAUACUAUCAGGAUUGUUGGCAGACAAUGUGUUACCGAGUUGGAGUAAGCACGUGUAGAAGAGCAGCUCGAACUGUAAUCCAGUCGCCGGCACUUGUCAUUAGUGUUUUCCCUGGGAUGAACAGAGAGUGUUGACUGUCAUGAUCACCGAUAACGGUUCGAACCAGAACAAUGUAGAUGUAGAACAAGAGUCCACCGACCUCGCUAUGAAGUGUCUGGUGGGUGUCUUCUUAACACUUAUCAUUUUCUUCUCUAUCACCGGUAAUAUUCUCGUCUGUCUGGCUAUCUACAGUGACAGGCACCUCCGUAAGAUCGGAAACAUUUUCCUCGCAUCUCUUGCCGUGGCUGACUUGUUUGUUGCAUCACUCGUAAUGACAUUUGCUGUCGCUAAUGACCUGAUGGGCUAUUGGGUGUUCGGUUCUCAGUUCUGCGACACGUGGGUGGCGUUUGAUGUCAUGUGUUGUACGGCUUCAAUCUUGAAUCUAUGUGCUAUCAGUCUAGACCGGUUCAUUCAUAUUAAGGACCCACUUCGUUACGGAAGAUGGCUGACUAAACGAGUCGUCCUCGUCUCCAUCUGCGCGAUUUGGCUCUUGUCAGGCCUGGUAUCCUUUCUGCCCAUCAGUUUAGGGUGGCACAGGCCCAAGAAGGCUGAAAUAACCCAAGAAGAGAGAGAGCGACCCAUGUGCGCGAUGGAACUGACUCCUGUCUAUGCCGUGGUAUCUUCUGCGAUCAGUUUCUACGUUCCUUGCGUUGUCAUGGUGGCGCUCUACACGAGACUUUACUUAUACGCGAAAAAACACGUGAGGAGUAUCCGCGCUAUAACUAAACCUUCACAGAAUUCAUCAGGUUCAAGGCCCCACAAAAACGUGAGGUCAGUCAGUCAAGGAUCCCAUCAUAUGAUGGACCACAAGGCUGCCAUCACGUUAGGGAUAAUUAUGGGUGUGUUUCUAGUCUGUUGGGUCCCGUUCUUUUGCGUGAAUAUCAUAGCCGCGUUUUGUAAGACGUGUAUCUCGGAUCAAGUGUGGAAAUGCUUGACGUGGUUAGGCUACUUUAAUUCGACCAUGAAUCCCGUGAUUUACAGUAUCUUCAACACGGAAUUCCGAGAAGCUUUUCGGAAGAUCCUCUUCUCCCACAUCAAGGGGGAGUGUUGUGGUGCUUCUGACACUGCUAUUCAAAUAAUCCAGUUCGAUCGGAAAACUGUUUCAUUGCAGCCAGUGACGUCACGAAUCGAGAUUAAAUGUGAGGACACGGGGAAAGUUAGUGAAAUAUAAGUGAAAUUAUUGUUCUUCAUAAUCUAUACAUUCCAAUUUUCAAGUACUGUAUUAGUAGGGUCGUGUCUAUAAGAUAAUGUAAA